CGCUCCGUCCCUCGCCCAAUGAGUGCACACCCCGUCCAUCAUUCCUGAUAACCUGUGUCGCAGUCAUUCACUGAAUACAAUGAGCUCAAAAAACCCCCCUCUAGAUCCAUCUGCCGCGGCCAAUCGUCUCUUAAAUCCCGUGAGCACGGCACCCAACCCUCCCACCUUGACCCCGAAGUCGUCACUUUCGUCGACGACACCAGCGCCCCCGGGAUGGUCAUCGCAAUCAGCGGCUUUUGCGUCGCAGAAUGGGCCACCUGCAGGCUUUCCGCAGCUUUCAGCGUCUACAGCAGAGAUUCUAAAGAGGUUGCAGGCAAAUGCUGGACAGAGCAGCACUGCUACUAGUACCGCGGCGUUUGAGGCAAAAAAAGCGGAGGUGAUGAAGAGUUAUGUGACCAGCGACAAUUUGCCAACACCGCCGCCUAUUCCAGGUACAGGACGGCGAGGAAGGGGUGGUGGAAGAGUGGGCACGCCGAGUGGAUUGAAGACGGAGAUUGGGGGAGUAAUGCCGGUCGCGGGCUCAACGCCGACGUCUGGACGAGGUUCUGGCAGAGGUCGGGGAAGAGGUCGGGGCGGUGGGCGGGGUGGGAAGAGAAAGAGGGCCGAGAGCUACGAUAGCGAUGACGACGACUCCGACAUCUCAACAUCUUAUACGCCACUUCCCACGAAAACUAAAUCUGGCCGUAAUGUCAACAAGCCCACUGCGUUCGUGCCAACACUCCCGGAACCAAGCCCAGGAGUGAAGCGACGGAAAUCGACCAAAACCAUCCUCACCGCGCAAUGCAAAAUCUGCCAUCGUGGGACUGAUCCGGGCAACAAUCGCAUUGUAUUCUGCGAUGUAUGCAAUACUGCGUAUCACCAGUACUGCCACGAUCCACCAAUCGAUAACGAAGUGGUGAAUGUGUUGGAGAAAGAGUGGCUGUGCGGACCAUGUGAGCGUGCCAAGCAGAGUGUUAUUGAAGGUAUGGAAGGCCUGGCUGCUGGAGAUGGAUUGUCAAUAGAAGAAAAACGCGCAUACCUCUCCACUCUCCCCUCAACACGUCUCGUAUCUCUCCUUCUCCACUCCACAAUCCGUCACCCUGAGCUCCCCAUCUUUCCCCCCAACGUCCGUGACCUAAUUCCCGUGGCUCCAACCGGAAUCACUACCCAAACUAGCCUUCCCAACCCCCCGCUCCAACUACCAACCCCUCAUAACGCCAAUGCUGUUUCCCAAUCCGUCACAUCCCCUCCCAACGGCAUAGGCUCCACAGGCGGCACCCCACGCUCCCAUCACAUCGCAACCGACUCCUCAGACAUGGAUCCUGCUGAAGCCCAACUUCUCGGCGAAAUCCGCUCUUCUACUCCUCAAUCCUCCACCACCACCACCACCACCACCACCGCCGCCGCCAUUAACCCUACACAAAUGGACGAAUACGAUGACGGAUAUGACACAGAUCCACCAGCGCAUUAUCCCAAACCCGGACACGGGCUGGCGAGAACCCUGCGACCUGAAAGUGAGGAUUUGCAAUGGUUAGUAGAUGACAAUUUCGAGGUUUUUAGUCAUGGUUGGAAGGGGGAUGGUACGGGUGUUGGGGCGGAUGCGCCACAGGCAGGGUUGAAUGGAGCGGCUUGA